UCGAUCUAUCACAAUCAUAUUUUAUGUUAUUUAAGUAGUUUUCAAAUGUACUAUUUCUUUAAUUUGACAGAAUAUUUUAGGAUUUAUGCGGUAGUAACAUUUACACUAGUUUAUUAAAAUGGAUAGUAAUCGGGAUGAGGCUGACAGGUGUAUAGAAAUUGCUAUUAAUAAUAUUGAGCAAAAAAAAUUUGAUAAAGCUCGAAAGUUUCUAGAAAAAGCUGAACGAUUAUACUCUAGCCAAAGAGCAAAAGAUUUAUUAGCCUCCAUUAAAGAUAAAAAUCAAACUUUCUCAACUAACAAUACCGCAAAUGAUUUCAAGGAAAAAAAAUCUUCGAAUACUUCCUCUUCAACACAUUUGACAUAUAGUCAAGAUCAAAUUGAAGCUGUGCAAAGAAUAAAAAAAUGCAAAGACUAUUAUGAGGUGUUGGGUAUAAGUAAAGAUGCAACUGAUGCUGAUAUCAAGAAAGCCUACAAAAAACUUGCCCUUCAGCUUCAUCCAGAUAAAAACAAUGCUCCGGGUGCUGCUGAAGCUUUCAAGGCAAUCGGUAAUGCAGUUGCUGUUUUGACAGAUAGUAAGAAACGUAUGCAAUAUGAUAUGUAUGGGGCAGAAGAUCAGAGAGUGAAGAGUCAGCGUAGUAAUCAAAAUGGGUAUUCUGAGUAUAAUUAUACAAGAGGUUUCGAAUCGGAUGUCACUGCAGAGGAAUUAUUUAAUAUGUUCUUUGGUGGUGGUUUUCCACAAUCUAAUAUGUAUGUACGUAGAGGACAUGGAUGGAGAAGGCAAGAAGCAUCCGGAUCUCAGCAACGAGAGCAAAAUGGUUAUACAGCAUUUCUGCAGAUGUUACCCAUAUUAUUGUUAAUAAUGCUUUCAAUGAUGUCAAGUUUUUUUAUAUCGGACCCUAUCUAUAGCUUGCAACAAACACAGAAAUUUGUCGUAUAUCGAAAGACUGAGUCUUUGAAGAUACCAUAUUAUGUGAAAGAAAAUUUUCACACAGAUUAUCAAGGAUCUAUUCGAAGGCUUGAGGCUACUGUUGAAGAAGAAUAUAUAGUUAAUAUGCGGCAUUCUUGUCACAGAGAAAAAAAUUAUAAAGAAUCCAUGAUAUGGAAAGCACGUAAUUUUGGCGAUCCUGCCCUUCAUCAAAAAGCUAAUCUAAUAAAGACUCCAUCAUGUGAUAUCCUAAAUAGUUUACAAAUUAGAAGUAGGGGUUAAUGCAAUUAUAGAUGAAUGAAGGCUCUUUUUAAAUCACAAGUUGAGUAUUGUUUCUUCACAUAAGAAAUUUUUACAAUAGUUUUCGACAAAUUUUAUAAAAUUCUACAAACGACUAAAUUAUUAGAUAUGAGAUACU